AUGUCUAUAUCUAAACCCAUAGCGUUUGGUCUCUUCUUUGUCGUAACACAACUCGUGUCUUGUGAUGCCGCUGCAAACACCACAACGCAGCCGCUUUUCCCGGCGAUUCUAAUAUUCGGCGACUCUACUGCAGAUACAGGCAACAACAACUACUACCCACAAGCCGUUUUCAAGUCUAAACAUCUUCCUUACGGCGUUGAUCUUCCCGGACACCAAGCUAAUGGAAGAUUCUCAAACGGAAAGCUAAUCUCUGACGUACUCUCCACUAUAACCUAUCUAGUUUAUGGUUUACAUCGGUAUGUCGGGGUGCUAAUACCCGCACCAACAUCCACCAAACUCAACAUCAAAGAGUUCGUUCCUCCGUUUCUACAACCAAACAUCUCCGACCAAGACAUUGUCACUGGAGUCUGUUUCGCAUCCGCUGGCGCUGGCUAUGAUGACGGAACCUCGCUCUCCAGUCAUGCGAUCCCGGUCUCACAACAACCAAGCAUGUUCAAGGAUUACAUUUCUCGUCUCAAAGGUAUCGUAGGAGACAAGAAAGCUAUGGAAAUUGUUAACAACGCUUUAGUGGUCAUAAGCGCAGGACCUAAUGAUUUCAUCUUGAACUUUUACGAUAUCCUCACAAGGCGUCUCCAGUAUCCUACUAUCUAUGGUUACCAAGAUUUUGUCCUCAAAAGGCUUGACGGUUUUUUCCGGGUACAAUCUCAUAUUUUGUUUCUCUAG